CCUCAUGAUGCCACCGUUCCCUUGAAAACAAGGGAAGUCUAUCCUUUGCGAUUAUCAACAGAAUGGGGACGGCACUGGGACAGCAAGAAUCCGGCAGAGAACACCGCGGCCAGCCAUGCAGAUACCGUGUCAAGUCGAAAGGCGAAAGAUGGGAUGCGUCACUUGCUGGUCGAUCGAUACCCUUGCUCUUUCCUUCAGCAUUUAUUGAGCUUUGCCGGCGCCAAGGAGAGAGGAGAAGGUUGAGAAGGUUGAACUGUGGGCAGGAAGGAAGCCUUGUAUGUAUCGUCACGUCAGCUAGCUCUCAACUAUUAUAUUGCAACCGUCUCGCGCCUUGAAGACCACCUACCACAUCAUCUCUGACCAUAUUCCAUAGUAGUUCGAGCUAUAGUU